AUGCAAUUUGAUGAAAAUGGAAAAGCUGUUAAACAAUACAUUGGAGAAGGUGAAAAUGGUCCAAUUAAUUCAUACCGUUAUAAUCCAUAUUCUUAUUUCAAUGAAGAAUUAAAUGCUAUUGAAGAGGGACCGGAUGGAUUACCACGAUAUUCUAACCAGUUUGAUGGUCAAUAUGCAAAUAUUAGACCUGAAAUUUCAGCUAAGAAAUUCUUUAAAGUUGCUUUAUUCGAUCCAGUUUUCGCAAAUGUUAAAGAUGAACUUAAACAUCAAUUCCAACCAAUUAUAGUAGCAAGAAUUGCAUCAGGUGCUUUAUCUCAAGCAUUCAAAGAUUUAAUUAAGAAACCAUUAUAUCAGCAACGAGGUUUAACUUAUGAUUUAGUUAAGGAAUCAGAUAAAAGAAAAUUUGAGAAAUCAGAUGAUUAUAAGAAUGCAAUUAAUGAAUAUAUUAGGUCUAUUAAUUACAAUGAAACAGCUAAAAAUCAACUUCAAGAACAAAUACAGGGAAUAAUAGAUUCAAAACUUCCAGCAAAAUAA